AUGGAUCUCAAUUACAAAGCAACCGAGCUAAGAUUAGGGUUGCCUGGAACCAACGACUUGCCGGAAGUUAAUACGACGACGACAUCUUCCCUCACCAAGAGCACCAAAAGAAGUUCGUCUGAGAUGAGUCAAAAUAAAACCGACGAAUCAAGAUCCUCCCCCUCCGGCAAAGGAACAAGUAGUCGGGUGGCCUCCUGUGAGAUCUUACCGCAAAAAUGUACUACAAGGGAAGAAAGUGUUGCCGGAGAUGGGCUCCGCGAUGGUUUAGAGGAGAUGUUUUUGUGCACAAUAGGGUUGUACAGUGAGAACGAAAGGUACGAUGGAUCAAAACAUGCAGCAACUUAUGAAGACAAAGAUGGAGACUGGAUGCUUGUCGGAGAUGUGCCAUGGGAAAUGUUCGUUUCGUCUUGCAAAAGACUUAGAAUCAUGAAAGGGUAUGAAGCUAGAGGGUUGGAUUUAUAG